CGCCGGUUGUUUUGAAUGUAGCCACCAGCGGUGCAUCAUGGGAUACAAAAUGUGUAAAAAGAUGGCUAGCUGCUGCUAAUUCGCCGGUGAUAACUGUAAAUAAAUAUCAAUUAGACAUUUUGCCACAGUAGUGUUUGUGUUAAUAAUUAUAUGACGUCCUAACUGUAGUAACUUGUCGUUAUGUCAACCAGAACGGAACACAGGGUGUCCAGUUCCUCAUCCAGAACAGAUGAAAGAACGAGGUCAAGGAGCAGAGGAAGAGAAAAAAGAAAGCGGGAACGGAGUCGCAGCAGAUCGUCUUCAUCUUCUAGCUUGUCAUCGUCACCCUCCUCAUCCUCCUCCACUUCUUCCAGCUCCUCAGAUCCAUCACAUUCAUCAAGCAGCAGCAGACGUAGCUCUAGCAGCAGUGACUCUCACAGUAAAUCCAGAAAGCAGUCUAAAAGAAGAAAAAAGGAGAAGCACAAAAAAAAAGGGAAGAAAGAGAAAAAGCAAAAGCGUAAAAAAGACAAGAAGGCAAAAGGAGGGGAUGACAAAUCAGGACCGGUUCAGAUCUCUAAGUAUUUGAAAGACAGAAAAAAAGGAAAGUACAGCAUGAUUUCAGGGAAGAAGAUAAAGAUGAAAGUAAAGAAGUCGAAAAAAGACAAACAGCGGGAUAAAAAUCGAGCAGAGCUGCUGGAGUUCUUGAACUCAACCCUGUGAAGCCGCCAUGGACGCCCCUCUUGUUGGUCAUAGACGUCAGCGUCCGCAGAACUCAGGAAAUGGCUCCUCCUGCUUCCCUGGAGCAGACAAACGAGUUUUCUGAAGGAGAGGCGAUGAACUGAAGUAACUUUUUUUCCACCACACAGGGGCAGCAGCGAGCUGGAGUCAGUGCAUUCGGUUCACUACCUACAUUUUCUUCACCUUGUCGCUGUGCAGGUGGCUACCUUGAGUCCAAUGUAAGAACUGUUAUGUAGAAAAUUUUGUUUGUGAUCAGAUGGUAUUUGUUGACUAUGCUUUAGGUUGAAACACCAUUUAAACAUGAAAUCUACCAGUUCAGUCUGGACAGUCGAAAUGUCAAGUCGAACACAAACCUGUCUGUGUCAUUUAAAUGUCUGCAUUGUGUGCAAAUAUCUUUUCAGGGCUUGACAUCUUUUUCUGUUCAUAAUUAAAAAAGAAAUAUAAGGUUUUAACUAUAUAUAUUUUUUAAAUAUGCUGUCCAACUCUAUUUAAGGAGAUGAAUCAUUAAGUUUUUGAUGUAAAUUCUGGCUUUAGGAGCCAAAGUGUUUUCAGUUUAUUCUAAAAUAAGAUUUUUUUUGUUUAUUCUUUUUAUUCUGAGGAUGGAGCAGUGCAUAGGAUUCAGUAGCAUUAAUAGGUCUAACCUAUUAAUGCUCAUUAUUUCUCGUAUGUGUCUGUUUUAAAAAUGGUGGUAAAAAAAUUGCUUUUCUUUAUACAAAACCAGUUUGAGUCCAUGUUUGUCUGAUGGUGUGUACAGAUCCAUUUGACAGAAGGACAGCAAAUACCACUGAAGAGAUUUUACUAAAAAAAAAAACAUUUUAUUGAAUAUUUCUGGGGGAUCUUUUCUUCCUUUUAAACCCUCUUGAAAAUAAAAGCGCAGGAGGAAAAGCUUUCAGGUGUCUAA